CAUGAACUUUUUAAAAAAAAUCGGACCAGAUCCCUUGUCUUCCUCCAUGGAUUUUAUUUCGAAGCUUCCUCUCCAUCUUUUUUUGCACUACUCCUCCGUGCAUGUUUGUCCUCUUCCUUUUCUAGAGGAAUCAAGGGAGGCGUGAAUAUGUAGCCGACCCUAACGUCGUCAGAUCCUUGGCAACAGCACCGGUUAGCUCCGGUGGUGGCGAUGUCGGAAUGCAUCGGCUACGAACAGAUCUAAAACGUCCUUUGAUGAAUCUUCUUCUUCCUCUUCAAUCUCGACACGGGAGUGGUAUAAUAUUAUGACGGGCGUGAAAGUGGUGACAAUUCUUGUCAGUGGUGAUGAAUCUAGGCAAAGCACCGGUCUUUAAUACUCGAUAGAUCUUGAGCAAGGAACGGCGGACAACAAUGAAACGGCGUAUGAAAUUGAGGAUGGUGACCCCCACUCCCUUCCGUACGCAACAACAGAGGGGACGGUUAGCAAGCUCUGAUGGCGAUAGCUGCAAGGGAACCUUCAUUAAUUCUGAGUUUCUCCCUUCCUCUCCAACUGUGGUGCCGGGAGAACUUUCCAAAGUAGUGGUGGUCGCGGCGAUGGAGGGGUUUGGGUCCUGGCUAGAACUCUGAUGGCUCCAGCGGCAAUGACCUCAGUUCUUAGCGGUGAACUCUAGGGACGGCAAUGUAGAAGAAACAAGGGGUCGGCUUUAAUGGCGAUGUUGGAUUGUAGCCGUAGAGACUCAGUCGGCGAGAGUGGCGCGUGGAUUUUAGGAGCGAGGAUGUCAUCCCCCUCCUUGAUUUUGGUGUUGGUAGCUGCAAAGUUCCAAGCGAGGAUACGCAAGUACUUCCCGGUGGCUGUAAUGAAUCUCGACCUCCUCCCUCUCUUUCUCUCUCUUGGGACGUUCGUCAUGUGCGGCGGAAGGUCUGAAUAAGGUGGUGGGGGAGGAAAACUUGGAUCGGGAUUUCCUCCUCUCUUUUUUACUCGAGUCCGUAGUCUCCCAAAUGACCAAAUCUACUUCAAAUUGGAUUUUUUCUCUAUUUUUGUCUGUGCUGACGAACAAAACGAGAAAAUUGAAAAAUUAUGACUUUUUGCUCUGUCACACGGUUGGCACCAAAAUGAUGUUGUAAAUUAUCGAUCGAUAUAUCGUUUUUAGUCGGGCAAAAACGAUAAACUAUUCUAAAAAAUACACCAAAAUAUAAACACGUGAAUUUUGAUGUGGAAACCCAAAUCGGGAGAAAACCACAUACCUUUUUUGGCGGUACCUUGCCAACGGGGGAAUUUUAUUAAUAUCGGGGGGUGUAUACACGGCAAAUGAUUUAGGCUAGAAAGCCAUCAAUGGAAGUUUGAAAGCUUAUUGAAGAACAAAAAUUAUAAAUAUCU